UCCCACACUGACCCCAGCUCCUGAGUCCUGAGCAGCUUCUACCCAGCUCCGCUGCACCAUGGGCAGCCUCGAGCCCAGCCACUGGCCCCUGGUCCUGGUUCUUGUGCUGCAGCUUCAGUCUGUGAAGGUGCAGGGAAUCGAUCCUGUGUCCCGGAGGCUACGACGGCUCAACGAACAGUUUCAACAGUUCCGGGCACUGACCCAGGCCCGUUUGGACAUGUUGGCCCUGAACCAGAACAGGAACUCCUCAUGGGGGCUGGAGAGCCGUGUUCAGGCCCUAAAUGAUCAGUACCACCACAUGUCCCAGGACCUCAAGCACCUGAAUCACAACACAACACAGGAGAUAGAGGGUCUCAGGGAGUGGAGCAGGAAGCUUGAGAAGAAGAACAAGCGGAUAGAGGGUCGUAUGAUUUUGAUGGAGAGGAACCUGAGGGAGACUCAACACCAAACCCAGGAAGAGAAGCCUGAUCUUGGUCAGGAUUUGUCAAACCUUACGCUGGAGCUUCAGGGCCAAGAGGACAGGCUGGCUGCCCUUCAAGCCCAGCGCGAUGAGCUGCUAUUGGGGCUGAGAGGGUUGCAGGAAUCCCUGAAAAUCCAGAUGCUGCGUGUGACUCGAGUGGAGGGACGUCUUGGCGAGUUCCUGCAUUUGAAUGGAGGAGGGAACGUCAGGGGUUCAGUGAGAGAGGGAGAGUCCCUGAAAUCCAACAUCACACCCCAAGAAUACCACGAAUCACGCGAAAGAUCCAAAACCCAUGGAGGAGGGAGGCCUGGAAGGAUUCUGAAAGGACAUAACCAACCCAGAGCAGAUGAAAUCAGUCAAACCAAGACUGAUAGUCCUUCACAGUCUAGGUCAUAUGAAGAGCAUGCAACAAACCAUCCUAAGCAUACAAAAGCCAAAAAGCCAAGACCACAGACAAAUUCUCAACCACAGAUACCAAACCCCACAUCCCAGGCAACACUAUACCUGCCCCAGCGCGACCCUUACCACCCCCUGUCACAAAUCCAGAUGGGCGUUCAGACAAGGCCUUACCCCAUCAAGCAGGAGCAGCUCCAGUCUCGUCAGUCGGUCCCUUAUCGUCAUGCCCAGGUCCGACAACCAUUCCAGCCUCAUUCACGACCUCAGAAACACCCCCAGUCCCACCAUUAUUCCUCUUGGCCUCAACCCCUGACCCAGGCCAAAGACAGACGGAACAGCACCAGGGUUGAGGCUCCCGAGCCCCAGGUCUCACGUGUUGUCCCUCAACCCCAGUCUGAGCCACAUCAGUCCAGGGCUGGCAGGUGGAAAGUUGAGGAGGAGGAAGAAAGUGAGACUAAGGUGGAAACUUCAGUGAUCCAUAACAUCCUCAAUCUUCCUGUGAGGCACAAGAUCCCAGAACGACCUGUUCCUAGAAAGGAUGCGACCAUCUGUAAUGUGGACUCCAUGCUGUUUUUCCCUUCUGCAUCAGCAGAGAACUACGUCACCUUCUCCCUGACUCUCCCCCACCUCCCUGAACUUUCUGUGUGUCUCUGGCUCCGUGUGGAGGCCUCACAUGUCGGCACGCUGCUCAGCUACGCCACAGAGGACAAUGACAACCAGUUAGUUCUGUAUGGACGCAACUCCCCCUCAUCCUCCCAGUCCUCUUACUCCUCUUCUCCACUCUCGUCGACUUCGUACUCGGCUUCUCCACUGUCCCUGGACUUUGUAAUUGGAGACCCCGUCUAUCGGCGUCUCGCCAUGUCGUCGCUCCUUGACGCUCGCUGGCACCACCUCUGCAUCCUCUGGUCCUCCAUCCAGGGUCGUUUCUGGCACUACAGUGACCGCCGCCUUGUCUCUUCUGGCUCCAACUUCAGGAAGGGCUGGGAGAUUCCCGGAGGAGGAUCAGUGGUGUUGGGGCAGGAGCAGGACUCUGUUGGUGGAGGGUUUGACCCCACAGAGGGGUUCGCUGGGCAGAUGGCAGGGUUCAGGGUAUGGAACCGGGUGCUGAGUCCAUUGGAGGUGGAAGGGGUGGCAGAAGGGAGAGGUGUGCCCAGAGGUGUGGUGCUCGACAUGGAGGAUAUAGAGGAGGUCCAUGGGGAGGUGCAGCAGGUGGCAUGUGAAUGCUUAGAGCACUGUGCAGGAUAAAGUUAUGAAUGAGGUUUCAAAUGAAGCAUCAUUUAAUUAACUUCUACAGAUAUGACUGCUUUGUUGUCACAGUCUUGGUUGGUGUAUUUUUAACUUUUUUUUUUGCACUAAGACACAGGCUAAAAAUAUCUUUACAGCAAUUUACAGCACAAACGUAAUAAAAGGAGAGAUUCUCGCUCAGGGUCACUGUAGCAGGGUCAAAGCUGUUAAGACAGCAGAUAGAUGCAGCAUCUGUAUGUUUUAAUGUUCUUCUAUAUGAAUAAACUAAUCAUGC